CUAUCUAUCGAUCUCAUCUCAUACUCACACUCCUCAACGUGUUAUAAGCUAGGGCAGCAGCCAUGGGUGUCAAGGGUGGUGGUGUCGUGUGGUGUCUCCUCGUCGCCGGGCUCCUUCUCCUGGCCGUGGCCUCCGCGGCGGAGCGGGACACGGAGGAGGAGAUCCGGUGGUGCAAGGAGGACUGCGAAUGGAAGGCGGGGGAGGACACCGGGAAGGCCAGGGAGUGCAAGGAGCACUGCGAGCGCCGCCGCCGCCACGGCCACGAGCCGCAGGACGAAGACGGCGGCAUCCCUGACCGCUGCAAGAGGGAGUGCGAGAGCCAUGAGGACAUGGAUAGCAAGCUGCGGUGCACGCUGGAAUGCUGGCGACAGCAAAAGCGGGAGGGCGACGACAGCUUCGACGAGGGCCGCAACGCCGACGGCAGGUGCGAGAGGAUGUGCCAGCACUACCACGACCGGUGGGAGAAAAAGCAGUGCAUGAAAGGCUGCAGAUAUGGCGAGUCCGGCCUCCUCGGCUCCGACGACGACGGCCACGAACACGGAGACCGCUGCCAAACACAGUGCAAGCGCUUCCGGCCCGGGUCAUACGACAGGCAACAGUGCACCGAAAAGUGCCAGUGCCAGGAGAAGGAGGACGAGGAGGCGAUGAACCACCAUGGCGGUGGUGGCCAUGGCCACGGAGACCGCUGCCAAACACAGUGCAAGCGCUUCCGGCCGGGUUCAUACGAUAGGUGGCAGUGCACUGAGAGGUGCCAGAGCCAUCAGCAGGACGACGAGGAGGCGAUGAACCACCACGGCGGCGGUGGCCAUGGCCACGGCGACCGCUGCCAGGCACAGUGCAAGCGCUUCCCGCGCGGGUCGUACGACAGAUGGCAGUGCACGGAGAGGUGCCAGAGCCAUCAGCAGGACGACGAGGAGGUGAUGAACCACCACGGCGGCGGCGGCCACGGCCACGGCGGCAGCAGCUGCGAGCAGAAAUGCCAGCAGCGAUACCGCCACGAGUACGAGAAGGAGCAGUGCGUGCGAGACUGCAAAAGCGGCGGUGGCGGCGGCCCCGGCGGGCGUGGCCGCGAGGGCGACGAGCGCCGGCACGACACGGCGAUGGUGGUCGAAGCCAUCCUCGAGGAGGUGUAACCGCUGGAUGGAAGUAGCCAGCUCUUUCCAGGAUCCUCGACCUCUUUACCGGUCCUGCAUCUUGCUAUGCGUACGUGGUAGGUGCAUGUGUGACCUAGAAUAAAUCGCGGUAACUAGAAGUGGUUCUCCAGCCUUGGAGAGAGCCGAUGUACGAGGAAUCAAUCUGGAAAGUUAUGUGCUAUAUA